AUUUAUCUUCCAUUUGGAACGGCCGUCAGGGCUAGAAUAGAUAACCAGCCAUACAUGGGACUAGAAGGUGGGAAGGUUUUGGACAUCAGCAUCCUACCAUCGGUGCAUGACAAAAAUGGUAACAGUACAGGCUUAUGUGGAACGUUAAAUAAUAAAAAAGACGAUGAUUUCCAACACAGAGACGAAAGAAUUGGAACGCUUAAAGAUAGGACAACUUUCAUAAAGAGUUGGAGAGUAAUGCAGAAUGAAAGUUUAUUUACUGCAAAUGUGGAUAGCAUGCAGUUAGAGCAUUGGGUAUUUCCAAUGUGCACGUGUAAAGAAACUGAGAAAGGAAGUCCACUCUCAUGCGACAGAAGUGUAUCAGACUGUACACCUGGUAUAAGAACUGGACAACACAGUUGUGGGGAAGUGUCAUCCCGACGUUCCGUUAGAUCUUUGGCAAGGCGACCUAGGAUUCCAUUAGUGCGGCAGACACGACACUACGAAAUGCGACAUAAAAUAAUCAAAAAAGCGAGUGAGACUGUAACUUGGGACAACUUGACGGCAACUAAACAUUGCAGGGAAUAUUUUUCGACGUUACAGACAUUUCAGCUAUGCAACAAAGUUCCCUCAACACAUACUAAUGUUUCAGAGCAAAAUUGUGUUCUUGAUAUAUUGUUAACUAACUCUUCCGAAUGGAUAGAUAUAUCGAGACAAUCAAUGUUGGAUACCUGUCAGAGUGAAAUUCAUAGAAAUGCCAGUGUCAGACAACAGUUAGUAGAAAAAGCCAAAAACGCAACAUCAGAGGCAGAAGCUGGCUUACAUACAGGGACUACUAUCCUUCCCCCAACUGAAAUAAAGAAAAUAGAAGAUGUAGAAAAAGCCAUCAAAACAAUCAAAGAAAUCGCAUGUUUGAACGAUUGUUUUGGUAAUGGGAAUUGUUCAAACGGUACUUGCGUGUGUGAGAGAGGAUAUGGUGCAGCAGAUUGUUCUUUGGACAUAAAUAAACCACCACGUUUACAAGGGAUUCUUGACGAUGGAUAUUGUGAUGAAAAGCUCGCUGACUGCACGCAUAUUUAUGUAUUUGGGGAAAUAUUUGUUGGAACAAAUCUGACAUGUCGCUUAAAGAAAUUCACGAUGGCGGUAAAUAAACCACGAGUCAACACGCAGAAAUUUCAUACUAAGGGAACAGCUGAAACAUUAGUUGAAGCGAUGUGUCCUAUUGAACACCUUAGUACAUCAAGACGACGGCGAUCAAACAGUGGCCAGCCACCAUCUGAUUUUGUUCAUGGUUACGAAGUAUCUGUAAGCAACGACGGAACGAACUUUGGGAACAACACCCUAGAUGUUUACGUUUUUGACUCGACUUGUCAAUCGUAUACCAACGGGUCUAUGGGGAUGAUUUUUGACUUGAAGGAUGGCUACUGUCAUAUUGAAGGUAAAUGUGUACAAAACGGGACUCUCAGUGUAAAACAGACAAUGAUAUGUGACACAAGAGCGGCUAAGUUUAAAUGGACAGUGGUACCUACAACAACUCAGGUACCUGUUACGGCAAAUAAGGCAUCGACCUUUUUUGAAAUCACUAAGUGUGGUUGCAAUGUUAACAACACUGAUUCAUGUCUUGGCACAAUAUGCAAAUGCAAAGCUGGUUGGACUGGACAGAAAUGUGAAAAUGAUGUUAAUGAAUGCGACACUGAUCCACCUGUUUGUGACAAAGAAAAUACCGGUUGUCAAAACGCACCGGGAAGUUACGACUGUCUUUGCCUAAGAAACUUCCGAAAAUCAGAGAAAGGAAUUUGUGAAGAGUACACAGAAACAGACCCAAAAGCAACGAUAGCUGAAAUAGAAAAGUCAGAACCAGACCGGGCGGCGUUUAAAGUAGAAAUGACGAUUGAUAUAACUUUAAGCAGCAUGUAUAACCUCGAUACAGCAGAGACAUACCAAACGUAUUUGGAUGGGACGAAGAAUGCCUUGAAGCAAUACUACCAGAAGAAACUUGGAAUUGGACUUAAAGACGUAGUGAUUAUUUCUCUUCGGCGAGGUAGUCUUAUUGUUCAGCACGCUGUUAUCGUGAAAUCAGAGGAAUACGUCAUAAAGGCACUGUCUGUUGCCAUUGCUACGCUGUCUAAUGGUGAAAAGAUUGAACUUUUUGGGAAGACUUACCGUGCAUGUAAAGUGAAGAUAGAGAACAACUAUGUUGGAGUUGAAGGUGACAGUUACAAGGAGUUCACACAUUGUAAAAUCUAUACUAGUUUGCACCCCUGUAAGGAACAGGAUAAGUGUGUGCUAGAGAACGGGGCUCCCAUAUGCAAAAGAAUACCAGAAGACGCUGAUGACAAAGGAGGCGAUACGAACCUGGUGGUUGUUAUUUCGUCAACAGUCGGGGGUGUCUUGGUCAUUAUUAUAUUCGCACUUGUGCUCGUCAUAUGUUGUAAAAGAAAGAAAGACAAAAACAGAUUAGAAAACCACCAACACACAAGUGCUCAAAAUGAAUACAACGAUGUGAAUAGUAGGGAAAUGGUACAAAUUCCUCGAGCUAAACGUUAUUUGGACGGCAAAACAGCCCAUGACAAUCCAACAUUUGAACAUGAGUCCAGAGAUUCUGCACUUGCAGAUACGACACUUGAUUCUAGAUCCGUCUACCAGGAAGGGUCAUAUUGUGAAUCUGAGGAUGGCUAUGUUUAUUAUUUUGGAAAGAAGUGAUUGGAAACAAGAUACAAUAGAAUAGCAACUUUUUAUUGUAUGUUUGUCUAUGUCCUGUUUUAUAUCUAUUAUUUUACAGACAAUUUAUGUCAUGUUAUAAAACUAUUACAAAGAGCUAUUUGGUGUAGCCAUUUGAAACUUGUUUAAUCAUAAAGAGAAAAUUAACAUACCCUGUUUACUUUAAUCACAAUGUAAAGAGGAGGAUUUAAGCUUUUCUACUAGUGUAAAUUUUGUCUGGUUUAAAAUUUAACCGUGUAGGAAGUAUAAAAGUAAACAUUCCUAAUCCAUUGAAGACACAGACACAGAAACUAUGUCCCAAAGUGUGCUGAUAUCAUAUUAUCCCAUUUUAUAUUUCUUUUGAAAAGGUAAUAAUAAUGUGUGUCAACAAUUAUUCACUUUCAUGACACAAAACAUAUUUAAUUUAUUAGCUAUGAAAAAAAUGAAAAGGAAGAAAAUGUUUAGUGUAUUCUACAAUAUAUAUAUAUAUAUGGGAUAUUCAAGUUCUUUUCUUGAAUGUGGUUUUAUCAAAAUAAAUAUUUCUUAAAAAC